CAUUUUUUUAAGUUAUAAAACUAUCGACGAUUUGUCAACUUAUCUUCUCUGAAUGUUGCUUCUGACUUCCAAGUCUGAUGGCCAUGACUCAGGACCACCAAAGCUUCUACAUCCCUCGGUUUUGCCUAACACUGGACCCACACAACUGCGCCAUUAUUACCAUUCCAUCUGGUCUUUACUAUUGUAGUGAAGAAGAAGCGAAGAUCAGCAAGAGGCCAGCCAUGGACUGUAUUUACAAGAACCCAAAUGCCCAUAUAGAGGAUCGUAUCAAAGACCUUCUCUCUCGCAUGACCUUGAAAGAAAAAAUUGGUCAAAUGACUCAGAUUGAGCGUGGAGUCGCCACUUCCGAGGCCCUUAAAGACCUCUCCAUCGGGAGUAUACUCAGCGGCGGAGGGAGUGGACUUGGACCCUUUGAGAAUGCGUUGUCGUCUGAUUGGGCGGAUAUGGUUGACGGGAGUAUACUCAGCGGCGGAGGGAGUGGACUUGGACCCUUUGAGAAUGCGUUGUCGUCUGAUUGGGCGGAUAUGGUUGACGGGUACCAAAAGUCAGCACUUGAGUCCAGGCUUGGGAUUCCGCUCAUUUAUGGGAUUGAUGCUGUUCAUGGUAACAAUAGCAUCUACGGUGCCACUAUAUUUCCUCACAAUAUAGGCCUUGGAGCCACAAGAGAUGGAGAUUUGGCGCGAAGGAUUGGAGCUGCAACAGCUCUUGAAGUUAGGGCAACUGGCAUUCAUUAUACUUUUGCUCCCUGUAUAGCUGUAUGCAAAGAUCCCAGAUGGGGAAGAUGUUAUGAGAGUUAUGGUGAAGACACAGACAUCAUUAGAAUGAUGACUCCCAUUGUCUCAGGAUUACAGGGAGAGCCACCAAAAGGACACCCCAAUGGCUACCCUUUCAUGGCUGGAAGAAACAAUAUUAUUGCAUGUGCCAAGCAUUUUGUUGGAGAUGGAGGUACUAAGAGAGGUAAAAAUGAAGGAGAUACAAUUUUGCCUUAUGAUGAUUUGGAGAAAGUUCAUAUGGCAGCUUUUCUGGACUGUAUUUCACAAGGAGUUUGCACUGUCAUGGCAUCAUAUUCUAGUUGGAAUGGCCGCAAACUGCAUGCUGACCAUUUUCUCCUGACAGAAGUUUUGAAAAAUAAGCUAGGUUUUAAGGGUUUUUUAAUUUCCGAUUCGGAAGGUCUUGACAGACUUUGGAAACCUCAUGGAUCAAACUAUCGCUACUGCAUUUCAUCUGCUAUUAAUGCUGGAAUUGACAUGGUUAUGGUUCCUCUUAGAUUCGAACAAUUUGUGGACGAUUUGACAUUUCUGGUGGAAUCUGACGAGGUACCAAUUUCUCGGAUUGAUGAUGCUGUUGAACGAAUACUGAGAGUGAAGUUUGUUGCUGGUCUUUUUGAGUAUCCCUUCUCUGACAAGUCUUUGCUUGAUACAGUUGGUUGCAAGCUUCACAGAGAACUGGCUCGUGAAGCAGUUCGAAAGUCCUUAGUUCUUCUAAAGAAUGGAAAGAAUCCUGAGAAACCUUUUCUUCCAUUAGACAGAAAUGCUAAAAGAAUUUUUAUUCUUGUCACUGGAACACAUGCUAAUGAUCUUGGCUAUCAAUGUGGAGGAUGGACAAAAACUAAGUGUGGACUUAGCGGCGGUAUUACAGUUGGCACAAGCAUUUUGGAAGCAAUCAAAGAAGCAGUCGGAGACAAAACAGAAGUGAUUUACGAGCAAUAUCCUUCUCCCCAUACCUUAGAAAGACAAGAUUUUUCUUUCGCCAUUGUAGCUUUUGGUGAAGAACCAUAUGCAGAAAAUGGUGGUGAUAACGCGGAACUUGUAAUCCCCGUCAAAGGAAGUGAAGUAAUAAACUCAGUCGCGGAAAGAAUCCCGACGUUGGCAAUUCUGAUAUCUGGAAGACCCUUAACUGUGGAGCCACAGUUGUUGGAAAAAUUAGAAGUUUUUGUUGCUGCUUGGCUUCCUGGAAGUGAAGGAAGGGGAAUUGCAGAUGUUAUCUUCGGAGAUUAUGAUUUCACGGGCCAACUCCCAGUUACAUGGUUUAGAGGAGUUGAACAGCUACCAAUGAAUGCUUAUGAUCCAUUGUUUCCUCUCGAUUUUGGGUUGACAUACAAAUAAGUAGAUGAGUAAUGUUAGGUCCAUAGUUUAAUCUCACAACUUUCGACGUGACAGUUUGUCAUUAGUUAGCUUAUAAAACGGGUUUUGUUUGCUUGUAUGGGUUUCGUCUACCCAUUUGCGAGCUAACCAAUAACGAGUUAUCAUAUCAGGGGUUGUAAGAGGUGACAGUUUGUCAUUUGUCAGCUAGCGAAAUGGGUCCCGUUUACCCAUUUGCGAGUUAACCAAUGACGAGUUGUUAUGUCAGGAGUUGUGAUAAUACGUAGAUUGAUUGUUAUCUGUUUGUUCAAACACGAUUUCCAUGAAUUACAUUGA